CCCGCGGUCCUGCCACUGCAUGCCCUGCUGCCGCCCGCCCAGCGGCAUGACCCGCUGCCCGCUGCCGUGCGACGACGGCAACGGCUUCGAGGAGGACGAGGAGCCGCCCCCGCGCUGCCGACACCCGUGCCUGGGCUUCUAGAGCGUAGGGCCGGGGCAGCGAGCGACGAAGCGCGGACGCGCCUACACUUGCGUGCCAUGAUUGCAGUUGCGGCGGCUGCGGCUGCGGCUGCGGCUGCGGAGGUUGUUGCUCGGGCGGGAACUGCGGUCCCGUGGGCCGCUACUGGUCGCUUUGUUCCUGUGGAUGCGCUUGCAACAGCUGUCACUGAAGGCUCGUCUGGAAGCGAGGCUUUUCCUGGCGAGCCUCAGAUGUCACGCACAUCAUUACCAUCACACAUUUUCUAUUUUGGCUGCUCUGUGUGUGGAACUCCAUACUUCAAAAAUCUUCAAGCAUACAUCAUGGAAGCGUUGUCUCGGCAUUCUGACCAGUUAGAGGCUUCGUCGUCGAGGUUAGCGUCAAUAGAAACAACCAAGCCCUCUGAAUUACGUCUGUGCCUCCACAGGAUGGGAACAUGAAAUG